AUGAUGAUGACGUGCCGUCUGCUGUGCGCCCUGCUGUUGCUCGCCCUGUGCUGCUACCCUUUCUUAUGCGUUGCGCAGGAUCCUGAAACGGUUGAUGUUGAAGUCUCUGCCAAGACGAAUACGACCCCUACUACACAGCUACCGGACUCUAAAACUAACGUUAAGCCUGAAGUUGAUGUGAAGGGAACCGGCGUCAAUUCGUCGCCUCCUGAAUCAGGAGGACAGGGGAAGGGUCAGUCACAACCGGCCGCACAACCAGUGCCUAAGCCGGCUGGAAGUCCAGGAAAAGAUACAGGAGCGGUACAAAGUUUGACCGAUACGACACCGAUUUCGGAAGGGGUUGUCACUGCGUUACAGAAACAAGGUGAUAAAGGUACGACAGUGUCACAAAGUGGCCACAGUAUAUCCGAGGAACAAGCAGAUAUGAACUCCAAAGCUUCUGCCGAGACAACCACGACCACCACUGCGCCGGGGGCACCAACUACAACCACUACAACUACGACUACAGAGGCGCCAACCACAACGACCACCCGCGCACCGUCGCGUCUUCGUGAAGUCGACGGCAGCCUCAGCAGCUCUGCGUGGGUGUGUGCCCCGCUGCUGCUCGCCGCAUCCGCGCUGGCGUACACCGCUGUGGGCUGA